AUUAAUUAAUAUGAUUAUUUAGCUUCCUCAAAAUUACAGUCUCUAACUUGUCAGUGACAUUCUUUAAAAUGAUACAUAAAUACAAUUUGAAGAGAUUAAAGUUGAAGAAUGUAGAGAAUCCUUUUAAACAUUUAUAAAAAAUACUAAACAACAAAUUUAUGGCUUCAACACACUACUUGGAUUCAAAAUGCCUAAUCCUAUAAAGGAUCUUUAGAAUUAUGAAACUCAAUAAUUGUAAGAAUUAUUCUAAUGUAUACCUUCUGACCCUCCUUAAUUUGUAAAUGAAGAUUUAUGUAAAAUUACAUUAUUCAUUCUUAUCAAUAAUUUAGUCAACUGUAGUGGAGUGAGUUUAAAUACCUUAAAAUAAUUAUAAUAACAUUUUAAUAAUAAAACUCAUUUAUAAUUACCAUCUAUAAAUUUUAAUACCUAAUAUUAUGAUGCAAGUCUUAAUUGGGCAAUCUUAUCAACUCUUAAAAAUAUUAGUGAAUAUGAUGCGAUAAUAAUUACAUUUACAAAAUCUUUAUCGUUUGCUACACUUUUAUAUAAUACUUAUAGAAGUUUUAAAUGUAUUAAAAUGGCAUUUAUUACGACUUCUAUUUCCUUUGAAGCUACAAAUGGUGUUAUUUGUGCUUUCACAUAAUUAGUAAAUGAAGUUAAAUAGCAUCAAGGAUAGAUUGAAGUUGCCCAAGAAUUAUAUAAUCUAUUGACUCUUAAUGAUGAAGAGUCUGAUUUAAAUUUAAGUCUUAAAACUAUUACUCAUAACAUACUUUAAGAUGCUUAUUCUACUAGAUGUAUACCUUAAGUUAUUGGUGCAUCUUUAGAUUCUAUUAAAUUUAUUAUCAAUACAAUCUAAUCCUAACAAAUUGGAUAAAGAGCUUAUCAAUUCCUAUAUCAAACUAAUUCUAAUCAUAUUCAAGAUAUCAUCUAUAAUUAACUUAAUAAUAAUGAAACUGAAUUAUUACUUCUAGAUUAUUUAGCCAUUGCUGUUUCAGAAAUUGGAGCCAUCACUGAAGUAUUUAUUUAAUUUUAUUAUUUUUUAGAGAAGAAUUUAAAGAUUGAUGAAUCCUUAAUUAACUAAAUUAUAAGAUUAUUAUGAUUAAUAUUUAAGAGAUGAUUAAUCCUUGUUUGGAUUCUAAUAAUUAGCUAAUUAAGCAAGCAAUUUAAUAUAAAAGAAUAAAAAGUAUUGUCAUCCCGUUUCAGCAGAUUCUAUGCCAUAAACAACUCAUUUAGAAGAUAUUAAUAAUAACUUUGAAGAUUCAAUACUAAAAAUGUAACAUAUUAUUAAUAAUACAAUUUAAAUAUUAGCAAUUGAUAUGUUUUUAAGUUCUAGAAUUAUCUAGAAAUUGGAAGCAAAAGAAGGUAAAUUAAUUCAUACCAAAUUAAAUAAUAUUGUUUAAUAGAUCCUCCCUAUUCAAACAACAAAUUAAGUAACAUAAUGGUUAGAAUAAUUUAUACAAUUGUGA